AUGCUAAUGCUAGCAAGCAAACUGAAGCGUGAUGAUGGUCUCAAAGGGUCCCGGACGGCAGCCACAGCAUCGGACUCCACUAGGAGGGUUUCCGAAAGAGACAAAUUGCUUGUUAAAGAGGUUGCAGAACUUGAAGCUAAUUUACCUUGUACAUGUAAAGUGCAUUUUCCUGAUCCAAACAAGCUUCAUUGUUUUCAGCUAACAGUAACCCCAGAUGAGGGUUACUCCCAGGGUGGAAAAUUUCAGUUUGAAACUGAAGUUCCCCAUGCUUACAACAUGGUGCUUCCCAAAGUGAAAUGCCUGACCAAGAUCUGGCACCCCAACAUCACAGAGACAGGGGAAAUAUGUCCGAGUUUACUAACAGAACAUUCAAUUGACGGCACUGACUGGCCUCCCACAAGAACAUUAAAGGAUGUUGUUUGGGGAUUAAACUCUUUGUUUACUGAUCUUUAGAAUUUUGAUGAUCCACUGAAUAUUGAAGCUGCAGAACA